UACUUAGCGGUAAUCAGCACUUUUAGUGCGGCCUCCAUCCAGCGGCAUGCCACCAGCAGCUUUUUAAAUGAUGGAAAAAAUUAAUAAAUAGUUCGAUUGUCGCUCUGACACAUCGCGAAGAACGCGCAACACGUUUACUGUUAACGGUUUCCAUAACAGGUUUCCUUUGGCAGAGUUUCCGUUGCAAUUGCGUGUAUACGCUCGUGUGUGUAUGUGUGCGUGUGUGAAAAUGGCUGAUGGCGCUUGUGUAUACGAAGAGGACGUGGAUACUUUGUGCAAUUGUGUGCCUUUAAAAAAAGUUAUAUCCUUCGACGUGCGAUACUGGCGCUGUUCGGCAGGCAGCAAUCAUGGUGAUAAUUAUAUGUCGAUAGUGAAGCGUAUAGAAGUUAGUACACACGAGUUCAGUGCCGGAGUAGAGGCACACAAAGGUGCACAGCAUUUUAGUUUCAUAGUGAAAAGGCAAAUUUUAAGUCGAUCACGACGUCAACUCUUUCGCUGCGAUGAAGCGUUUUGCAAUGAAAUAAACGCCUAUACACAUGUGAUACCCGUUCUAGAAAAAUAUUUCAUCAACGGAGAUACAGUAUUUCCGCAAUGCUACUAUGCCGGCAACGAUAAGAAAGGCGAACUCAUUGUACUGGAAGACUUGAAGCGGCUCGGUUAUCGCAUGCCCAACCGGUUAGUGCCAUUCGAUCUACAUCACUGUGAAAUAGUUAUGAAGGAACUUGCCAAGUUGCACGCCACAUCUAUAGCAGCCAAACACUUGGGUGAUAACGAUUUCCGUGAGCGUUAUUGUAAAGUUAAUGAAAUUGUGUAUUGUGAAGAAGCCGAGAACUUUUAUGGAAAUUUACUUAGCUCCUCAAUAGAGGAAGCGGUGAAAAGUUUACGGGAAUCCAAUGUCGAUGGCAGCCUUUCGGAUUCGAUUUGUGUGAUAGAGCAACUAAAAGCCGAAUUAUAUAAGAAAAUUAUGUACAGCAUAAAUAAUGCCAGCGACUGCGUCAGUGUGAUGUGUCAUGGUGACUUGUAUGUUAAUAACAUCAUGUUUAGGUCUAGCAUGGAUGACAGUAGCGCAUGCGAAGCACCGAAAGAAGUGAAGUUCUUUGAUUUACAGGCAAUGCGUUACACUUCGUUCAUCUUCGAUAUACUUCAUUUUAUGUUUACUAGCACGAAGCGUGAACUGCGUGAUGCUCAUACAAAUAGCUUGCUGACGACAUAUCACCGUGCGCUGCACAAUCGUUUGGAGCAACUUUUGAAUUCGCCCGAACACUUAGCAUCUAUUCGCCAGACUUUUUCACUAGAAAAUAUUAUGAAAGAGUUUGAGGCGCAUGCCUUUUACGGUUUAGCAGUUUCCAUGUGGGUAUUGCCUGCAGUCACAUUCGAUCCAAAUAAUAUACCAAAUUUAGAUGCCAUCAGUGAAGCUGUUCCAAAAGCCAAUGAAAUCAAAGUUACACAAAAGUUAACGGAAGAGUAUCAUUCCAGAAUAAAAGAUCUUGCAUUGGAGUUUCAUCAAAAUGGUUAUUUCCGUACCUGGCUAGAGAAAUAGUUAGGCGUAUGUAGGUACUCGUAGUCUAAUUUAGCAUGAAUUGUUUAAUUUAGAUAACAUAUUAGCAUAAUUAGCUAAUUAUUAAAAGAUAUCCAUUUUAGUUUUUGUAGUUCUGGAACCAAUCCAUAUAAAUGAAAUAUAUUUUUUUGAUAUACAUAUCAUUAA